AAUAUAUUGUUACAGAAAUCUUCAUAACGUCUAGUGAUAUUUAGUAAAAGUUUUUAAGCAACAAUGGCGUCACACGUAGCAAAAUCGGUGUUCAAAGUUAGCCGUAACAGUUCGACCGUCAAGUUUGAUACAGCCCGUCGAGCGCUUAGUGUAGGAGCAGCCGCCCAGCAGAAGAAGACCCUGCCUGAUCGCACUGGCAAAAAUGUGGUGUUGGUGGAUGGAGUCCGUACACCCUUCCUUGUUUCCUUCACUGAUUAUGCCAAGAUGAUGCCACAUGAGCUGGCGAGACACUCUUUACUGUUAGUAUCUUAUGUUUGCAGCCCUGUUUCUCAUUAUAUUCAAUCUACAGAUCUAAUAAGGUUAAACGUUAGAGUAGAACUCUCGAGUGACAAAUUCGGUCCUGCCAGUGAAAAAAUAUCCUUCCAGCUUCCAUCUGUGUCGGAAUUCUCAUCUGGCGAGACUAUGGGCCACAGCGCUGACCGACUAGCUGCGGCCUUUGGCGCAUCGCGUCAAGAACAAGACGAAUACGCGCUGCGCAGCCACACUUUAGCGGCGCAGGCGCAGCAAAAAGGAUACUUUACCGAUGUAAUGCCUAUCAAAGUGGACGGCAAAGAUGGUGUUGUGGAGAAAGACAACGGUAUCCGCGUAUCGACUCCGGAGCAACUAGCCAAGCUGAAGCCAGCCUUUAUCAAGCCACAAGGCACUGUGACUGCGGCUAAUGCUUCGUUCUUGACGGACGGUGCUUCAGCUUGCGUCAUAAUGUCAGAAGCGAAAGCCAAGGAGCUGGGACUCAAACCCAAGGCUUAUCUCAGGGACUUCACUUAUGUCGCUCAGGACCCCGUGGACCAGCUACUGUUAGGCCCCGCCUACGGUAUCCCCAAGAUCCUGGACAAAUCCGGGCUAACCCUCAAGGACAUUAAUGUCUGGGAGAUCCACGAGGCUUUCGCUGGUCAAAUCCUGGCUAACCUGAAAGCAUUGGACUCUGAUUGGUUCGCGCAAAACUACCUCAAACGCCAAUCGAAGGUGGGGACGCCCGAUAUGGCAAAAUGGAACACGUGGGGAGGCUCGCUCUCUAUCGGACAUCCCUUCGCCGCCACUGGGGUCCGUCUAGCAAUGCACACGGCGCACCGCUUGGUACGCGAGGACGGCCAGUUCGGGCUAAUCUCCGCCUGCGCUGCCGGGGGGCAGGGCGUCGCCAUGAUCCUCGAGAGGCAUCCCGACGCUAAGGCCAAUUAGUUCUUUCAUACAGUUAACUUCUUAAUAUUGUGCGAAAAUGCUCGUAAGUAAUAUCAGCUACGUUCCUUCCACUGGAGUCUUAUUUAUUGUGGUUAGAUACUGCACAUUUCCUUUUUGGUCAAUAUACCAAAAAGGAAAUGUGUGCAAUUCUAUAAUAUAAAAAAGAAAUUUAUAACUUUCUUGUCGCCAAAUUUCAAUAAUUCACUUUCUUUGUAUGAUGUGAAAAUGAAAAUAAUUAUUAUUAAAUUCGACAUUAUAAAUUAUUUUUAGAUAUUUAUGUACCUAUUACAUAGAUAAAUAAGAAAUCAUUUUCAUGUAACUUUG